CCACAAAUGAAAUCAGGGGCAGGUGUUUCUGGGGGCGAUGUUCUACUGUGACUGGGGAUUGUUGCUCGUUGGUCCUUUGAGCUACGAAAGCUGAUACAAGCACAUAUACAAUCACAUAGUUGUUCUCUGAUUCUUUUGGAGAAAGAUGCCUGUUUCAGAUGUUACGCAGACCACCAUUCUUCGCUGUUCUCCACCUAUCACUCUUUGCUAGAUGCCCUUCUCGCUUCCAGCUGCACAGCAAGCAUAAGAUCUCCGGGAGACAGCAAUUUAUGUUCCCCUCCGCGCUUUAUUCAACUUGAAUGUUGAUUAUUUCCGCCUGAUCGAACUCGACGACAAAAAUAUCAAAACGGCCUGUCUUUGUUAAGAUCCCAAAAUUAACGGUUUUUAUUUCUUAAAGCAUCGAGGUAGAGUUGUGCUGACUUUCUGAUUGUUCCCCAUGAAACGUGGAUACCAGGAAUCUCCUUCAACCUCUUUCGGGCCACCUCAAUCCAAAACUAGAUAUAACCCAGAAGGUGACUCACAUUUUCUGGAGGAUGAGAGCACGAAGAUAUUUGCUCGGAAAGUGGCUGAUCAUUAUAGUGCAAGAACUAACCAGACCCUGGAAGAGCGGGAGGCUAGUCCAAUUAUUCAUUUAAAGAAACUCAACAAUUGGAUUAAAAGUGUCUUAAUUCAGCUUUAUGCACGUCGAGGAGAUGCAGUCCUUGACCUCGCCUGUGGCAAGGGUGGCGAUCUUAUUAAAUGGGACAAGGCCAAAGUUGGAUAUUACGUUGGUAUUGACAUUGCUGAAGGCUCGAUUGAAGAUUGUCGAACACGGUACAAUGGUGAUGCUGACCACCAUCAGCGACGUAAAAAGUUCACAUUUCCUGCUCGCCUCUUUUGUGGAGAUUGUUAUGAGGUUCGCUUGGAUAAGGUUCUUGCAGAAGAUGCGCCCUUUGAUAUUUGUAGUUGUCAGUUUGCGUUGCAUUACUCUUGGUCUACAGAAGCUCGUGCUCGGCGAGCCUUGGCUAAUGUGUCAGCAUUACUUCGUCCUGGAGGCAUUUUUAUUGGAACAAUGCCUGAUGCAAAUGUCCUUGUUAAAAAGCUGAGAGAAGCUGAAGAGUUGUCUUUUGGAAAUAGCGUCUACUGGGUGCAUUUUGAUGAAGAAUUUUCUGACAAGAAAUUUAAAUCUUCCAGCCCCUUUGGCAUAAAGUACAAGUUCCAUCUAGAGGAUGCUGUUGAUUGUCCUGAAUGGAUUGUCCCCUUCCAUGUAUUUAAGACAUUGGCUGAAGAGUACGAUUUUGAGCUUGUCUUUGCAAAGAACUCCCAUGAGUUCGUGCAUGAGUACAUGAAAAAACCAGAAUUUAUUGAGCUCAUGCGAAGACUUGGUGCCUUGGGUGAUGGCAACCAAGAUCAGAGCACACUCUCGCCAGAUGAAUGGGAAGUAGCUUACUUAUACUUGGCGUUUGUGUUGAAGAAGCGAGGCCAACCGGACCGAUCACAAGCCAGUGGCAGAAGAGACAGAGGUUUGAUGCAUAUAUCAAAGGAAGACAUCAUGUAUAUUAGCAAUGAUUAACAUGAAUAAAACAGCCGGUGGCUAGAUUUCCCAAGUUGAUGAUCAAACAAGGCGUGUUGCGGCGGAGGAAAAAGAACUUCUGCUCACGUAAUUUUAGCAUUGCAUGAUACGCAGAAUUUUGUACUUCUAGGUUCGCAAUAAUUUGCUGAGAAAUAUUUUUUGCUUUAGUAUUUAUUUUGUACUCCCUUCUGGAUAACGAACCUAUACAAAUCCACCUACUUAUGACCUGGCCAAAACUCAUUACUUGACAUGAGUCCACAAAUUUCAUAUUCAACACCUUGUGCUCGUCUGUAAAUGCCCUUUCUGUUUUCCUAAGAAGAAAUAAAUAUAUUUACAGAUUA